AUGACGCAGAAAUGUGCCGAUACCAUAGAUAAGACGCGACUGGAUUCCAUGCCCGAGUCCACAGAAGUCGUUGUCAUGGUCGACAAGGACGACAAUGAAAUCGGAACGUGCACUAGAAAGGAGAUGCGCCAAUUCAACAAGUGGCACAGAGCUACGAGCACGAUCAUACUGGCGAAUUGUGAAGAUCCCACGAUAUAUUACCAAGUAAGAGAUGAACAAAAGGACUAUUGUCCAGGGUAUUAUGACCUGGGAUUCGGAGGGGUCGUUACGAUCGGGGAAUCCUAUCUAGAUUGUGCGUUGAGGGAAACAAGGGAAGAAUCGGGAAUCGAUUUCACAGAGAGGGAUCUCAUCGAAGUCGCAUAUAUCGCUAGGGACGACGAGCACGUUAGGUGCCAUUACAAACUAUAUGUGGCUUUGUAUGAUAGCAGCAAGAAGGCGUUAGACCCUACUCAAGGAGAAGCCAGAUGCAUACAGACGACAAAACUUGCAGACGUAGACAAACUCAUGGAGGAGCACAACUUUACCAAAGCAUGCAAGCUAUUAGUAGAGCCACUCAAAAAGUUUGUCCAGGACGGGGGACUGGAGAAACUAGCGGCUCUCUCAAGACAAUAG